GUGGGAGAGAGGACGAAGCAAAGAAAGUGCCUGUGUGUGUCACACACAGAGAAGGGAGAUCUUUCAUCUAAUGAGCACAACUCAUGAAGCUCCCUAACUGCAAAAAGUCUCCCUGUGACCAAUAGGGACUCUCUCUUCUCUCUCUGGCCUUCUCUUCUUCUUUAACUCUUGUUUAUUACAAACUCUUAACACUCAAGGACUUGUUUCAUUUAAGCAAAUCAACAAGGCUUUAAUAACAGAGGCAACUAUAUGACAACAAAGUGGAAAAAAUAACUGUGAAGAAAAAAGCAAAAGCGAAUACGGAGAAAAUACAGAUUAUUGAAAUAAGAGAAUUUGCCAGGACUGCCUGUAAUAGAACAAGAAAAUAUUUAAAAACUGUAUCAAUUAUUUCCUUUUUAUAUUUCCUAGUGCAGAAAUAAUUAUUAAGACUAUUUUCUAUUGCUAAGUAUUUAUUUGUAUUCUGCUUUUCCACAUCGCUGGAUAUAUUUCAGUUUUUAAAUUGUUAACAAAAGGGCGCAAUUACGUCUGUCUCUAUCCCACUCUCGCGGCCCUUUGGGACGCCGGGAAUUUCAUCCCCAAAUAUGACCCUACUGGCUUCCGAGCGUUCUCUACUCAUCCGGAGCAAGUUCCGCUCAGUGCUCCAACUAAGAAUGCAGCAUAGACGUUCCCAGGAGCAAAUGUCCGAGCGCAACCUGAUGCCGUCAACCAAUAAGACACAUUCAAACUUCCCUGAGCAAAAUGGCAUCAUGGGACAAAACAAAACUGAAGACUUAAUGAAGUGCAAUGGCCAGAACAAGCUUCACAAAGGGGCAGCUGUGAAGAUGCAUUUUUCAGAAGAAGGAUUAGUUGAGUCUGAAGAACUUAAAGAGAAAAAGGCUCGGCUGGCUGAAGAUUUGAAUGAAAAAAUCCUUCACAGGCCUGGACCAUUAGAACUUGUAAAGAAAAAUAUACUUCCUUUGGCUCAAGGCAUGAAGAAUGGAAUGAAGGACCAUAUCCAGCUCCCUUCAUCUACUGAUACUUUCUCGUUUGAUGAUGAUGGGAGCAGCUCCUCCUCAUCCUCUACUUCUUCAUCACCUCGUUUUGCACCUUCCCCUGGGCUUGGAGUUAACUUGUCCCCAACAUCUACUAGCACUGUAUUCCAGCUGGACCUACCCCCGAUAAUUGAGGUGAACCAGCCAAAUGCAGGAGCAGUUACAGAGGCUGUUAGUUUGGCAACCAUCAGGCCAGUACCUCAUCACCCUACACAGAUGUCAUCUGGUGCACCAAAGGUUGCAUCUAAGCCAUCUGAUGUAGGAAAGAGCCAACGUCAGAAGAAGCCAAAAGAUGCAAAACCAAAGGUGAAGAAGCUGAAAUAUCACCAGUACAUUCCACCAGAUCAAAAAGCAGAAAGGCCACCAAUUGCAAUGGAUGCUGCCUAUUCUCGUUUGCUGCAACAGCAACAGAUAUUUUUGCAACUACAGAUUCUCAAUCAACAGCAAAACCAAACAUUCUGUGUUCAAGCUGUGCAUCCACUAACCACAAGCAUCUCAGCAGAUCAGGUCAUUAGCUUCACAGGGGCAUCACCUGCUGGUGCCUCCACAAUAAACCUGUCACCUCCACCUGGUACAACAGCUAUGGCAACUGCCUCUAAUUCAACUGCAUCUUCACCUCUGAAACCAGAGUUGCUGCCUGCAAACUUGGAUGAUCUAACGGUUUCUGAACUUCGUCAACAUCUGCGCAAACGUGGGCUUCCUGUAUCAGGAACAAAGCCAGCAUUACUAGAACGCUUAAGGCCUUAUCAAAUUCAAUAUGCCAAGCCAAUCCCAGCCCCCAUUCAAAGUACAGGACUGCUAACUCCAGUUCUUGAACUUCCCACAUUUGCAAAUCGGCCAACAUGUGAAAACACUCAAUCCAGUUUUUGUACCUUUCGGACUGUUUCAUCUCCUCCAUCUGGUGAAGUACCACAAGACUCAUCAGAGAUACCUUGCAGUCAACCAGAGAGUUCUGAAGUGCCGGGAAGCAUAGACGAUAAGGAUAUACCUAUGCAAGGGAUUGAUGAGGACGAAGUCCUUCUAGAAAAGCAGAAGGUAAUUGAAAACCUGACAUGGAAACUACAGCAGGAACACAAGCAAGCAGAAGACCUUAGGGUAGAGCUAGAAAUGCACAAACGUUUAAAAAAUAGACGCAAAAGUGAAAAACUAAUACCUAGAUCGGCUAUUAAAACAGAGAUUUGUACACCGUCAUCUUCUCCUUGUGGAAGAUCAGAAACUGAAGAGACCUCAUAUGUGUACAGCCUCAGCAAUGAAAGAUUAGAGGUGCAGCAACCUUUGCAAGAAUCAGGAGUAAACCCAGAAGUUAAUGACACUUGUAUGGUCUUCUGUCCUCAGUCCUGUGACUUGAUAGGCAAAGAUUUUGAGCUUCCCAUGCAGAUUACUGCAAGCCCAGAGAGUCCUGUUCAAAAGCCUCGCUCCUUUGAAGAAGAGUUGCAGGAAGCCAUUCAGAAAGCACAGAUGGCAAUUAGUCAAUCAAUUGAAGAAAUAUUGGAAGAUGAGCCACUUACGUGUACAGAUGAGUUGAUGCAUUUAGAUCAUAACAUAUUGGAACAUUAUAAGUCUGAUAUGGAUCCUCGAAGUGCGCCAUCUCCUGCAAUGCAACAUGGAAAUUUUCCAAAACAUUUCUACAGUGAUAUCACACCCCAGAAUUCAACAAUAAAUAAUUCUGGAAUCCUGGAAUUUCCUGUACCUGGACAUUAUGACUUACUGUCUGGUCAAGAAGGUCUCUCAGUUAUCUUCUCUGCUGAUCAGAUUGAAAUGCCACCUUCACCAGAUCAUCAUGAAAAAAAUAUUUCCCAAUUACCUUCUUCUUCAUUGUCUCGGGCUCCCUUUGACCCAGCAGAUUGGCUAGAAGCAUUGACCUCUGGAUCUACUUCUAAUUUUGGGCCCAGCAGCCCCAUUAGUUCGAGUAUAUUUUCUACUGACAUUUUUGACUCUCCAGACCUAAGUAUCAACAGAAUGAUUGAUCUGAUGGUGGAGCAGUGGUAACUAUAACAAGGGAAAAUGGACAUAUAAUAUAAACUAAAUAUAUCAUGAUACCUAAGUAGGUAGCAAAUAAGAGAAUCUGUUUUAAGGAUAGCUUUGGCUAGCGGGGAAAGAUGGGUAAAACGGGUUACUAAAACCCAGAAUAUACAGUAGAUAAGAAUGUUUCUGUGAUAAUUACAGCUGCUUCCUAUAUAAACUGUAUUGCCCUCUCUGAAAUUGGCUAGGAGAAUCUCAAAAAAUAUUUGCAAAAACGCUCUAUAUAAAAUGUUCAUAGAUGUUUGCCAAUCAUCCCCAAAUGAAGUUGCAGAAUAUACAAGAGGUUUGAAAGAAGAAUAAAACAGCAAAUGCAAGUAUUUAUUUAUUUAUUGAAAGUACUUCCUCUAUAGUACAGUCAUCUUUUUUUUUAUAGAUAACAAACAAUAACCUGAAAAAGUGUAAAACAUUCAAACAACUUAUGAAUGAAUGAGAAAUAUUCCUUAAUUACAUGCUGUGUGGUUAUUUUUUGCAAAAAAAAACAAUUUGAAUAUAUUUAAAAAUUUAUAUCAUAAUAUUAUAUUAUUGAUUAGUAUAUUCGACUAUGUGAUGUCUUAAAAGGACCAACUGGUAAUAAUAAUUCAUAAGUAAGUAGGAGAGCUUUCAAAACCAAUACGAUUUCUUCUUUAAGUGAAGGUUCAUACGUAUUUACUUUAUGAAGAAUCUACAGUUGCUCCACCAAAAAGAUAUCAUACACUGCAACAAAUUUGCUACUCUCCAGGACCAAUAUGGCAAUCUAUACUUUUGUACUAUAAUAUUAAAUUUUAUUAAGCUUGCCCAUUUCUUAAUCAUCACCUUUCCAAAACAUCUUUUUUUUGCACUGACAGCACCACCUCUUCCCAAGCAAACUGUGAUGAAACUACAUUCAACAAAUAUUAUAUAUGUGAUAAUCUUGUAUUUUAUAAAAUACUGUUUAGUAACACAAAGUAUAUUAUAGUAUUUCUUUUUAAAUAAUCAGACAGUGCAUUUUAUUUAAAAUAUGUAAUCAGUUCAAGAAAACAUUUUAAAUUAUUAUGGUUGAGAAAGUCCAAGAUCUUUGCUCGAUGCUUAGAGUCUACAAAAGGAAAGCAAUGCAGAAUGCAUUGUCUUAGUACAAAAGGUCAUGUGAUGAGAUGGUCCAGAAAAGAUUAGUCAUUUCCAUCAAAAUUAGAGCCUCAAGUGCUAAAAUAAAUGUGUUUUUUUUUUUUGCGCUUCACUUAAAACAACAUACAAUUUCAUGAGCACAGACAUUUCCUCUUUUGACUCCUUGGCUGCAAAUAGGUUGAUAACUUUUACCUAUCCCGUUUAACAUAUAGACCAAAUAUAGAAAUCCAAUAUCAAAACAAGGGGUAGAUUCUGUACAAGUUGCAAAGCUUAUCAACCUUUUUCCUCAUUGAAAUAUCUGGCAUAUUUGUGUACAACUAUCAACAUUUAUAACAGUAAGAAAGGACCAGAAGGAGAUACAGGGAGAUUUGAGUAGCUGAAAGCUAUGGUUGGUGGCCUGAGUGCAGGUAUUGGGUGUUUUUUUUAUGGAGGAUCUGAGCAGGUCAUGCUGCUCUGCUUAGUUCAGCGGUAAAGUCUGGGUUUUGAAGAGUAGACUCUGUGUGUCCUAGGAGAGGGAUCUGAGUGUCCAUGGAUCUUGGCUCACUCAGAGAAUUGAGGCUGUCUGGAACAAAACAAUGUUUAAGGCAUUCUUUAAAAGGUAUGACAAACAGGGAGAAAUGGAGGAAUGCAGGAUAGAGAUCCAAAAGUGGGAGUUCCCUAGAGGAUCCAGGAAACUUGGAACAACUGUUUGUAGAUACAUUCUAUGAUUAGUGUUUCAACUGGAAGAACAAUUUUGCUAAAGUAUAUACAUUUUUUUGUUGCAGGAAAAUAUUAAUCUUUGGUUUGGUAUUUCACAGUGCAUUUCGUUUUUUUCAUGUUGGUUAAAAUAUUGUAGAUACAAAGUGCUUCUAUGUGUUGCAUUACAUAUUUUUUUUCUCUGGUCAUUAAUAUGAGAAAUGGAUUGAAAACUAUUACAUAUUUAUAAAUAUGUAAAUAUCAUUAGAAGCAAAUAAUGUGAGCUGCAUGCGCCCACUCUGUAUUUAUUAUCUUGAGAUAAAAUAAUUAACAAUCAAACUUUUUUUUUUAAUGUAUUAUAUUUUUUUCGUUGAGAAAAUGAUGUUGUGUAAUAUAUAUUUAAAAAAUUUGUUGUGGGGAAGGGAUAACCUGAGGGCUCCCUAAGGGAGAGAGAUUUGUAAGAGCCAUUUUAUCUUCUGUUGCCAAAGACAACAGAAGUAUUUGUUUGGUUCUUUAUCUUUUGCAGAAAAUACUUUAUAUAAUCUAUAAUGAUAAACCCAAAAUAAAUAUUUAAAUAACCGAAAGCAAAUGCUUUUUCAUAAAUAUAAAGCUGCUAUCUUUUUGUUAAUGAGUUUAAACUAGAGGAAUAUAGUGGUCAUAAUUUAAAUUAAUAAUUCUAUAUUAGAAAAAUAAAACAUAUUUCUUGUUUGCAUAUGGAAUAACAUAAAUUAUUUUAAAACAUGCACAAUAAAAAUAUAAAAAAUGUUUUAUUUGUAUUAAUGCUACACUUUAAAUAUAUUUAACAUUUAAGGUAUAUCCUGUAGUUAGGGCUUCAAUUAUUACAGACUUGGUAAACACUGACUGUCAUCACUGUAUUAUUUCUAUUUAUUUAAAUGAACAACAAAUAUUUAAAUUAUAUUAUUUUAAAUUAUCAUAAAGUGUAUGCGUCAAAACAAGUAUUUCCUACUACAAUAAAUGCCAUCUGAUACAAGAUAUAUAUAUAUUUUUUAAUAUUAUUAUGACCAUUAAAUUAUUCUAAAUAUUAACUGUGUUUUAAUCAAAUUAAUUUUUUCACAUUUUCUACUUUUUGAGUAAGAUCCUAUAGUCCUUAAUAUUAUAUAUUUUUUUUAUUAAUUAUUUUAAAAUUGGAGAUACAGGCUAUAUAAGUUGUUUAGUUUGUGUCCUACAUGUACAUAAUACAUUUUUCACUUGACAAAUUAUUGGGAACUAUAUUUUGUACUGAAUUUAUUUAGCAAACCCUUGAAACAAAGAUGGUCUUUAAAAUGGAUAGAAGGCUAUAAUGCAAAAUGUCAAUAAUCCCAAUAUACAUUUUUAUUUUUAUGAUUUUUGUUUUGUAAAAUUCUUUUGCAAUAUCCAACAAAUUAUUGUUUUUCAUUUGAACAGGAUUUUAAUCUAAGAAUUUAAAGAGACAUGGAACCCAUUUUUUUUGUUUGGAAAUUUUAAAUAUAUGUUAUGGAGCAUCAGACAAUUAUCAGGAUCAUCUGUCUAUUUGAUCCCAUAUCACAUCAUAAAUGUUAUUUUUGGUCUAGUAUUCAUGAUUAAUUGUUAUUAUUAUAGUCAGAGUAAGGUGGUAAAUAUUGGUUCUAUCCAAAAUAAUAAAUAAGUGCUGUGAAAUUUUAUCUCUGAUUAUUAAUAUAUUCUUGUAAAAAAUAAAUAAAAUAUAUGACAUCUUGCAA